AUGAUCCAAGGCUCCUCAUUACCCCUGAGAAUUAGGACAUCCUUGCCCUCAGGCAACCUAACAACUUCACCGAUUAGCAAAUCACACCAUAUCUCUUCCCCUACUCCUUCUCUGAAGAGGAAGAAGAGGAAGAUGGAGAAAGUGAUGAGAGUGGCAGUGCCACACCACAAAGUUCUCCUCCCAUGGGUGGUGCUAGCUUAUCCCAUCAAGCUGGAUACCCAACGUAUCACCAGCAAUAUAUGGAUCAAUAUCAAUAGAUCCAUAUCUGCCUCGACACUUACAAUCAAGAUCUCGCGAGCCUGA